UGAUUUUAGUGGAGCACACUGCGUGUACCCCGUGAAAACGAAAGCCGCCGCGAUUUUACACGCGUUUGAAAUGACUUGCUGCACUGUCGCGUGUUUUGAAGCAUUCAGAGCCACUCUGAGGAGUUGUUACAAGUGCAGCAUGCAGUACCCUGUAGGUGGCAUAAUGGCAACCUCUUCACCUCUGAAAUAAAACGAUGCAUGGGCGAAAAGAAGAGUUCAGUGGUGCGUAAAGGUAGUGACAAGGUGUCAUUGCCGUGUAAAAGUGCACCGGUUCGAUCAGCGUGGAUUACUUACGAGGCCCUGUGUAUUCCUCCUUUUGGCAACCCCCCCCCGCCAGUUUGCAUGAGUGGAGCGCUCACUAGCGCUGCCAGUGGACAAUCAGACCCGCACACCCACCUCCACACACGCUCGCAUUUCUCAUUUUGUUACUUCUACUCCAAAUUACAUCGCUGAGGCUUGGUGGCGCGGAGAGGGGGAAAAAAGCGGAGAGACUAGUUAGAAGUGCACGCCGCAGCGAGGCAGCGAACCACCACAUCCAACAUGGAGUCCCCGCCUGAUCCAGCGAGCGACCCGGGCAACAGCGCCUCGGAGCCGGCUACCCCGGUCAGGGAAACCCCGGUAAGCCUGGAGACGCUCCGGAAAGCGGACCACCCAGCCCCGGUUCGAAGGCAGACCUGCUCGAGCACCAACAGAGGUAUCUCCGUAGCAAAGAAGACACAUACAUCUCAAAUCGAAAUAAUUCCCUGCAAGAUCUGUGGAGACAAAUCAUCAGGCAUCCAUUACGGCGUGAUAACAUGUGAAGGCUGUAAGGGCUUCUUCAGGAGGAGUCAGCAGAGCAAUGCGGCCUACUCCUGCCCCCGUCAGAAGAACUGCCUGAUUGAUCGCACGAGCCGCAACCGCUGCCAGCACUGCCGGCUGCAGAAGUGCCUGGCGGUGGGCAUGUCACGGGAUGCGGUGAAAUUUGGCCGCAUGUCCAAGAAACAACGAGACAGCCUCUACGCUGAGGUCCAGAAGCAUCGGCUCCAGCAGCAGCAACGGGACCACCAACAGCAGCCCGGGGAGGCGGAGCCUCUCACACCAAGCUACGGCCUCUCUGCCAACGGCCUGACGGAGCUCCAUGACGACCUCAGCGGCUACAUGGACGGCCACACCCCCGACGGCACCAAACCGGACUCGGCCAUCAGCAGUUUCUACCUGGACAUCCAGCCCUCUCCGGAUCAGUCCGGCCUGGACAUCAACGGCAUCAAGCCCGAGCCCAUCUGCGACUUUGCCCCCGGAUCUGGCUUCUUUCCUUACUGCUCCUUCACCAACGGAGAAACCUCCCCUACCGUUUCCAUGGCAGAACUAGAGCACUUGGCCCAGAAUAUCUCCAAAUCGCACAUGGAGACAUGUCAGUACCUGAGGGAGGAGCUGCAGCAGAUGACCUGGCAAGCCUUCCUGCAGGAGGAGGUGGAGAGCUACCAGAGCAAGCCGCGGGAAGUCAUGUGGCAGCUGUGCGCUAUCAAAAUAACAGAGGCCAUUCAGUAUGUGGUGGAGUUCGCCAAGCGCAUCGAUGGCUUCAUGGAGCUGUGUCAGAAUGAUCAGAUAGUGCUGCUCAAAGCAGGCUCUUUGGAAGUUGUGUUUGUCAGAAUGUGUCGUGCCUUUGACUCGCAAAACAACACGGUCUAUUUUGACGGGAAGUACGCCGGGCCAGAUGUGUUCAAGUCAUUAGGCUGUGACGACUUGAUCAGCUCCGUCUUCGAGUUUGGGAAAAACUUGUGUUCCAUGCACCUGUCUGAGGAUGAGAUCGCCCUGUUCUCCGCCUUUGUGUUGAUGUCUGCUGAUCGAUCCUGGCUCCAAGAGAAGGUGAAGGUGGAGAAACUUCAGCAGAAGAUCCAGUUGGCUCUCCAGCACGUCCUGCAGAAGAACCACAGAGAGGACGGAAUUCUUACAAAGUUGAUAUGCAAAGUUUCGACACUGCGGGCGCUGUGCAGUAGGCAUACAGAAAAGCUUACGGCUUUCAAAGCAAUAUACCCAGACAUUGUGCGUGCCCACUUCCCCCCCUUAUAUAAGGAGCUGUUUGGAUCAGACUUUGAGCAGUCCAUGCCCGUUGACGGGUAGCGUCCCUGCCAGGUGCCAGAGCGCCCACCGUAGGGGAAUGUGGAGGAGGAAUCUGAGACACUUUAUAUUGGUGCCCCCGCACAAACCGGGAGUGGACAAGACAGCAAGCUGCUCAACAUCUUCUCUUUUAUUCAAGAGGAGGGCUGGUGGAGUUGCUUCUCAAGGUUUACUUCAGCGGUUCUCAUUGGAAGACUUGGGGGGGACAAAAACCCCGUCCAACAAACAAUUUCUGCCCGUUUGAACUUGACCAUCUUUUGCGCAUUUCGAAAUGAAACUCAUGACGGAUGUCAAUCAUGCGUUCGUUCGCCGGGAUUGACUUUUAACUAUAUUCUGACGUAUCUGACUUGAAAUUAUAUCAAUCAACCUUUUUGCUGUUCAAAUUUUUCAUCAGGCACUGAAACCUGCAAUAAAUGUUUCUCCUCAGAGCAGUUGCAGACAUUCAAAAGUGAAAUGCGCACAUUUUGGUCACGUUCUGCUCUAUCUUUUCCCUUUUUUUUUUGGUCUUUUCUCGUAUUCAGUCGUAUUUUUUGGGACGCAUUGCUUGGGACGCCAACUCACAGCAACUCGGAGGGAGGCUCUGUCGGCAUACGUUGAUGCAAUCGGCACCUCUCUGUGGACAAUCGUUUGAAGAUCUGGGGAUAAAAAAAAAAAAAAGA